CGCUUGUCCUGUCCCUGUCCUGACUGGAGUAGUGGAGUCUGAGAGAUUCUCUAGCGGAAUCCCUCGAUCGAGAGGAACACAAUCCCUUUCUCCCACUGCCGCUCCCACAGUAACAAGUGACUCUACCCUCGCCGGCAGAGAAGAAGACGAUGGACGGUGACGCCGGCAUGAUCCCAUCCUCGCCCUCCGCCGAGACAUCGCCGUCCUCGUCCGACUCCGAUAUCGCCACUGAGUCCACCACGGGGUCGUUCUUCCGGGACCGGAGCACGACGCUGGGCACGCUGAUGGGCGUGUCCCUCGCCGACGAGGAGCGGGAGGAUCACCACCACUACUCAGGGCAGGACGCAGUGGAGGAGGGGACCGGGUCGGGGACGCCGUGUGCUCCGGUGCAUGAGGAGGAGGAAGGGGAGGGGCGGAGGUGGCGCCGCAGGUGGAGGCGCCGGCACUGGCGCGGCGCCGCGGCCGGCUGGUGGAGGCUGUGCAGGGACGACGUCCGCGUGCCCACGUCGCUCGGCCACUUCCUGGGCAUGGAGAGGCAGCUCUCCGGCGCCGGGCUGCUGUGCGGCGACGACGGCCGCGCGGGGGAGCGGGACGCUGCCGCGGCUGAAACGGGGAGGUGGAAGCUGCGGAGGCCGGCGCAUGGGACCUCGUCGUCCUUGGCGAGGCUGCCGGUGCUGCUCACGGCGAUCUGCAGCGGUGGAGCCACUUGACCUGAGUCGAGCGGUUCGGAGAUGAAAUCCGCGGUUUUGUGACUACUUCACUUAUUUAUUAUUCAAUUUCAGUUGCUCGUCAAUUCGUCAUGUUCAUGGCAGUUAUCUGUCAUUUGUCACCUUCUUUUUCUGUCAUUUGUCACCUUCCGUUUCUAAUCCGAGUCGGUCAACGUUGAACACUCUCGAUUCUAGUGUGAUAAUCGUGGAAUACAAUCAUGCAAUCCAUUACGCAGUUGCUUC